AUGUCGUACGGGGCCGCGGCGAACCCCUCCUCGGUCCCGGCGUCCUUCGUGACCAAAAAGUCCCAGAUCCUCUCGCACCUCGACCAACCCGAGGGCACGUACACGGACAAUUCGCCCAAGGGGACGGUGGACGCGCAGAUCCGCGACUUGAUCGACGAGAUCAAUCGGUAUGACGGGCUCGUGACAAAGAGCAGCUGUGCGGGCAGAGUUGCCGUAUUUGUCGAGGGACCAGGAGGAAGGAGAAGUGGUCGUGGCGGCGCGAACAAGCGCGGAGAUGCACCCGAGGCGGCAGCAGGUGAGGCGGCAGCAGAUGAGUAUGUCGGGGAGAAAUGGGAGAUGCGGGAUAGUGAGCGUGAGGGAGGGGGUAUGAAGCGGGUGUCAAGCGCGGAGGCGAAGGUCAAGGGGAAGCAGACUAAGACGAUGUCGACGCCGACGUCCACAUCGCCUGGUGGGAAAGGGGGAGGACGCUGGCUUUACGUCUCGCAUGAUCCUCUUCCCGCUCCCAUCCCUCCAGACGGAGUCAAUACUACCAGCACGAACGGAGCAACGACAGGCUUCUCGACAGCACACGGCUCCGAUGAUCAGGAUUCCUCGUCUUACUUUUCCAGACUCUUCCAACUGGCCAACCCGGCGUCGUCUGCAUCCUCACCCUCGCUCUCGCACUCAUUCACAUCCUCCUCCGCGCGACAACCGCUCCGUCUGGUCCACCUGUCCUUCUCCCCGCUCAUCCUACAUAUCCUCUGCGCCACGCUGCGCCAUGCCCGCCCUCUGCUCACAGCGGCAGUCAACGCCGGGUUCCGCGAGAGCGGGGUGCAGAGUCUGCGCGGCGUGCUGGAAGAAGGCUCCGAGCAGCGCCAUGAGCAUGGCGUGAUGGUCGCCGUGAGGACCGCCGGGUUGGUGUUUGAGACCGUCGUGGGCGUAGUGUUCCCACCACCGGGCUGCCACGCUGGUGAUGGGGGGGAGGGCAUGGUGACUGAGGAAGGCGAAACCGACGGGGACGUGAUUCAAAGGGUCGUCAGCGAAGAGUACCUCAGCCUGUGCGCCGGAGUGAUUAACGAGCGGUUUCAAUGGAAUGUCGAGCGGCGCGAGCGGUUUCGACGCGAGCUGAACAGCGCGAUGGAGAGGGAUGGUCUGGGUCCGGGUCCCGAGACGCGGCGUCCUGGCUGGGAAGACAAAGAGGAGCGACGAAGACGGAAAAGAGAGGAGGGGCACCAGAGGCAAAGGAUGAUGAUGAACAAGGGAAAUACUGAAAGGGACAACACCGCGAGGCAAGGAAAUGACCCAGACGAGCUGGAUCAGGGUCUUUCAACGCUCGAGAUACAGUGA